UCGUUUUUGCACACGCGAAAUCAAACUUAACCAAGAUUGUGUUUUGCAAAAAACGAGCUGAGCAGCUAAAAAAUUAGCAGCAAGUGCAGAAGACGAAAAAAUAUUUACAUACAGAAGGCUGCUAAGGAAUGCACCUACCCAAAUAGCUGCCAUAUCUUGCAAAACUUUUCUCAGAUGCAACAUACUUUUGCACAUCGGUGGUAGUACUUAGAUUUCCGAUAUUCACGCAUGCAUAUUGAUGGACUAUCUCACAGUAAUUAUUGGUAGAACAUAACAGCUAUAUCCGCCAUUUUUAGCAUUUGCAAAGAAGAAGUCUGCUUCAUAGCAUAUUAGAUGUGUUCCAUCAAAUAAUACAACGAAAAACAGAGUUUAAAUUAGAUGUUGUGUGGAGUUGCAACAGGAUUAUAAGGCUGUGUGUACACUAUUAAAAAGAGUUUGAGGUGGUAUACACACUACCACGGAAAAACUUAUAUGGCAGCUUGGGUUUCUCCGUUACCUACGAACCAACGAAAUGGUGUAGCAUUACAUAGCGCGGUAGGAAGGAGUGUUAUUUUCAAUUCAGAUGUGAAGAACAAACUUGCAAAUGUGGAGUGCGCAGUUUGUGGAGAUAAAAGCUCGGGAAAACAUUAUGGAGUUUUUACUUGCGAAGGUUGUAAAAGCUUUUUCAAGCGAAGCAUUCGACGCAACCUAGCUUAUUCAUGUCGCGCAUAUCAAAACUGUGCAGUAGAUAUCAAUCAUCGAAACCAGUGUCAAUUUUGCAGAUUGAAAAAAUGCGUCAAAGUUGGAAUGAGAAAGGACGCUGUGCAAAAAGGCCGAAUGCCUCGUUCACCUAUCGAAGGUCAAAUGGUUGAUCAGUUGGUUAGUAUGAACAAUCAAGUCACGGGAACACACCCUCAACAUCAAAAUAUAUCUACAUACACAAAUUUAUUGUUAAGGGCGGAUAAUUUAGUCAGAUUACAACAACAACAACAACAACAACAACAACAACAACAACAACAACAGCAAACUUUCACUAUCCCUUCAAAUAAUCCUAUUGCAAAUAAUUUUGGUGACAACGGUGCAAACGAAGUGCCCACACGCUUACUUUUAAAUGCAGUGGAAUGGGCACGAAAUGUGCCGUUCUUUUCAGCGCUUCCAUCGUCAGAUCAAAUGGCAUUGUUGAAGUCUUCAUGGAGUGAACUCUACAUUCUAAGCACGUCGCAACAUUGCGUCACUUAUCAAAUGAACGCCAGAAAUUUAACGCCGGUACAACUGAACGACGAUCAACGAAAACGAAUGCCUUACGACGACAAUAUAACGAUAUCUAACGAUCAUUCAUUUAAAAUGUUUGAAGAACUCGUCGAAAAGUUCAAACACAUGCAAACAGAUCCAGCUGAAUUUUCAUGUCUUAAAGCCUUAGUGUUGUUCAAUCCAGAUUCUCCUGGCAUCGGAAAUCCUUCUUUAAUAGAAAAUCUUCAAGAAAAAGCACAAGGAGCUCUUGAAGAAUACUUACGUCAGCAUACGUCAUCAAAUUAUGCUAACCGUUUUGGUAAAUUGCUCCUAAGACUUCCAGCUUUAAGUUUAAUACGUCCGAACACUAUUGAAUCGUUAUUUUUUUCUCGUGUGGUUGGCAGUCACAAUAUGGACAGUUUGGUUGGAUCGAUGCUUAUAUACGGUGGGAAUAGCAAUAACAAUAUGCCGAUUAUUAAUGGUAGUAUGCAAGUCAACAAUGGGUAUAAUAUAAGUUUAAAUGCACCGAAUCUAAAUGCUCACUUGAGUAGCUUAACUGGACUUGGCUUGAUAAAUCCAAGUUUAAACUUUUCACAUAACAAUAAUGUCGCCAUGAAUAAUACUAUUAACAAUAUGAAUAAUUUACCGAAUGGAAUUUCGCCGUUUAAUGGGAUGCAAAUUCCUUAUCAGCAAAAUACUUUGGGUAAUGGAAACUUGAGUCCGUACAAUGUUGGAAUUAUAAAUUCGCACACGAUAUCAAAUAUGAGUAGAUCAUCUGCCAACUCAUCGUCAAGUUCAGAAGAUCAAAAUUCGCCGCAGAAGACUUUUGUUAAAACAGAAAGUCCACCUAGGUAGACUGUCGACCCGUUGCUGGAAGGUGGCUAAGAAAUAAAAGUGGAAUAGCAAGCGACAUAAAAAAUCCCUUUUUACUGAACGGCAAAAGAAAUGCGUCGUGCUACCAUGACAACAUCGUGUCGACAAUAGCGCCGUCGAGUUGUCAAAAACAGCAACAUCAAGACGUCGAAAAUGGCACCUGAGCAACUUACUAAAAA